CUCAAGACAAUGAUAAAGAAAAUUAGUACAACGGAUUUAUAUGGUGAAAAAGACUCUUUUCAUGACAAUGAGGAUGACACGUUCUAUGACAACCUUGUUAAGCUGAGAAGGUCUCUCAACAUCAUGUCUGUCAUUGGGUACUGCCUGGCCUUCGUUCUUGGUGUGCUCGGGAAUGGAGUGGUUAUCUGGGUGACCGGGUUCAAGAUGAAGAAAACAGUUAACACAGUUUGGUUCCUCAACCUUGCUGUGGCCGACUUCCUCUUAACAGCAUGCCUGCCCCUGACUGUGACUUACUUAGCUAUGGAUUUCCACUGGCCUUUUGGCCACUUAAUGUGCAAACUUCAUACCACCAUAACCUUUCUGAACAUGUUUGCCAGUGUCUACAUCCUGGUGGUGAUCAGUGUGGACAGAUGUCUGUCUGUGGUGUGGCCUGUCUGGGCCCAGAACCACAGAAAUGUACGCAAGGCGUCUUAUGUGAGUCUAGGUGUUUGGGUACUGGCUCUGAUUCUCAGCGCUCCAUAUUUUGUUUUCAGGGACACUACACCAUCAUAUUUUAAUGCGGGCAUCGUCAACUGCCUCAACAAUUUUUCUCUUUCUGUUGAUUAUAAAACAGCAUCUUUGAUUGAGCUGAAACAGUUACGUCUUCAGUUCAUGACCAUUACCUACUUCCUCCUGGGAUUUGUUGUCCCCUUCACUGUCAUUGUCUCCUGUUACACUGUGAUAAUCCAUCGUCUCAGGAGGAACCGCACCCUGUCCAGCCAGUCAAGUCGCCCCUUAAAGAUCAUCGCUGCCGUUAUCACCACUUUUUUCCUGUGCUGGGCUCCUUUUCACAUCAUGCGUCUAUUAGAGUUGGUUCAUUUCACAAGUACUAAUCGAAGUGAAACAUUGGGAUAUGUCCUCUCUAUUGGUGCCCCCAUAGCCACCAGCCUGAUCUUUCUCAACAGUUGCAUGAACCCACUGCUGUAUGUGUUCAUGGGCCAAGAUUUCAAGGAUAAAGUUCGCAAAUCCAUCCUGAAUGUAUUGAAGACUGCCUUCCAGGAAGAGGAAUGAUGCUCAUAUACUUGCACAAUUUUCAGGAAGUGGGUACCUCAUUAUUUAAUCAUAAUUAAAUAUUAACAUUUUAGAUACAUUUGAUCCUAAAGUCAUCUGUUAACAGUAGCUUUCAUUAUGUCCAAUUGUUCCGAUGAGCUCCAUUAAUGAUAAAUGUCUGUUUUUGUUUUAUAUACAGUAUAUAUAUAUAUAUUUGUGUGUGUGUGUGUGUGUGUGUGUGUGUGUGUGUGUGUGUGUAUGUAUUUAUGUAUGUAUAUAUGAAAUAUAUGUAUUGCUCAUGUAUCUUAUAUUUGUCUGAUAUUA